AUGCCUCCUCAGGACUUGGCCAGCGGCCCCAAAUUCACAGUGUUCAUUCGUCUGCCCUUCCCGCGAGGUGAUUUUGUUGAUCCGCCACCGGUCAACUGGGAUGUCCGUAAUGAUAGGAUAUUAUGGGAUGUUUUGUCUGUGGCCCCUAAGGAAGGGGUAGACUCUAACAAGGCUACUUUCCUUAGUGCCGAGGAUUUCAAUGUUACCCUUCCAUUCCUGCUCCAACAUGUUGCCUGGCUAUACGAUCGACGGCUAUCCCAGGUGAGGGCGCAGUUUCGGAAAGUCGGGCACCAGAACCCUCUUUCUGGUCAGACAACUUCUGCCGGCGGUGGUACGCCAGGUGGCAGUGUGCCCAUGAAUAGAUCUGGCAGUGAUGGUAUGGGUAAUCAACGAAAAGAGGACGGGCGUGAUAUUCCGCUAAAACCACCUGUGCUAGGCUCUCGCAUACAAUCCAGGCUGUUCGCGCUUCAGCGAGAUAUCUCGGCAACUCGAGCAGACAGCAGUUGUCCCCCAACUCCAAACAUCUCUCAGGCCCCAAAUUUUCCCCGGCCCCUUACUACGAAAACCCAUGGGGAAGGGGUGGCUACGCUACAGAAACAUUCAAGGCCAAGCUCGGGUGAAGUACCCCAGGUAAGAGGAAGAGGAGAGUCGAGAACGAACGCUCUUCCAUCUCGACAAGACGAAGAGAGCCCCGGCCCUCUGUCGUCGUCGAGUUCGGGCUCGAGCUCUGAUGAUGACUCCAACCGGCCGCAAUACAGACGCUUUGGGAAAUUUUCUACGGUCCAGAAACGUGUGCUACAGAAGAAUGACGAGGACGAUGAGGAUGACUCUCCUGCGUUUCUUCCACUUGAAUCUAUACAUGAUGGUGGGAAAGGUGCACCCCUUGGUGACCCCGCUUCAACGUUACGCGAAGCGCCCCAUCAUGUCAAACAUCAGGGCCGUCAAUUAUCAGGCGGUACUACGCCACCGGCGAAGGCGAGACAGGACUUUCCGGAGUCGUCCACUACCAGUUCCAGUUCCGGUAUGGCAACCGGAUCACCUGCCAACGGGCCACCGGCUUCCCGCCGCCCUGCCGCCCCUCUCGGGCCCCUGAGCCCACGACGGACUGCAGAGCUAGCUGGACGCAGCCCCUAUGGGCGUGGCAGUGAAGGCACCCCUAGUAUGGGGAGCAGCUUUAGUGAUUUGGAUGAUGCCAGCGUUUCGCAGUCCGCAUUAGAGGAAGCUCUAUUGAGCAACAUGCAGCGGAGUGGUGUCACGAGUCGGAUGAGUACCAUCAGCCAAGCCUUACGAAGCAGAUAUCUUUGA